AUGACGAACAUCAAAGAAUUGGCUACCGAACAGUAUCAGCAUGAACUCAACCGUGAACGAGAUCAGCGUCGGCGGGCCGCGACUCUCCCUUCCUCCAGCGAUGCCAGUGCUAAUGCAAACCUGUCUGGACACGAACAGGUAUCAUCAUCUGCCUCUUCGCGCAAACCAUGCGUCGCCGACUUCGAGCCAGACAAAGAGUGGAAGGCUCAGUUGAAGAAGAGGAUCGAGGAUGCUCUUGAACCCAUGGUGCAAUAUGUAGAGGAGAGGCAGCAAGCCGAGUUGGGGAAGGGGCCUUUCAAUGCGGAGGCUCGUAUGCGUCUGGAGACGGAAUACAAGCAGACGAUGAACUCAAUUAAAGAAUUGGCCAACGGACAAUAUCUGCUUGAGCUCAAUCGCGAACGAGACCAGCGUCGGCAGACUGCAGCUACCGUGUCCCGUCCUCCUGCCUAA